UGAACUCGUGUCAUCCGAACAUGCUUUAUUGCGCAUAGAUUUUGUGCUAACUGCCUCACUUCCAUGUCAGCAAAAGUAACUCGUUUUUCCUCUAAACUCUACCACUCACCCAGUCUCAGUUAUGUCGUCUCCUUUCCGAUUAUACUGGUUCUACGUUGACACGUAUUUUCUCUCCAUUCGCUGGUACCGAGAGACAGCGCACUGUGCUGGUAGACUUCAGGUAUUGGCGCAUCGUCGUUAGUUUCACAGUUGAUUACUUAGCUCUCCGAACAUUGCGAAGCCUUUCCAUCUGGGACAUUUCCGUGCCACAGUUACAGGCAAUUUUAUUUGUAAUCUGCAUCGAGCUGCUGGACACAAGGUUAUUGGUAUCAAUUAUCUGGGCGACUGGGGCACCCAAUUCGGGUCUAUCCCUCAUGUUUCUCUUCCUGUACACUUUUGCCCGGCAGAUUUACUUGCGCAAGGCUGGAAAAAAUACGGCGUUGAGGAACAACUUUUGGCCGAUCCCUUACGGUAUUUGAACAAGCUUUAUGUUCGCAUGAACUCAGAAGCUGCUCAACUGGGGUCCGAGCAGCUUAAUGGAGUGGAUUCCGAAGGGACUGCAUUCAAUCGUGACCUAUGGAGUCGCUUCAGACUCCUCACCAUGGAGCAUUUGAAACAAACAUAUAAGCGUAUGAACGUGGAGUUCUCAGCUUACGAAUACGAGUCGGAUUAUGUGGAUUCCGCACUACGCAUUGCCCAAGGUCUUGUUGAUUCGGGCCUGGCAAUUGUUGAUAGAGACCUUGCUGCUGCCAUCUCCAGACACGAACGAUAUCAGUUUGACCGGAUUCACUAUGUGGUGGAAGACGGACAGCGCCUGCAUUUCAAACAGCUUCAACAUAUCUUGUCUCGAAUGGGUUACAGUUGGGCACAAAAGAGUAGUGACUUGGAUGAGCAUGAUUGGGCCCCUGCUGAUCUGCACAUUCCCUUCGGUCGAAUCCAAGGCGUCAGUACGCGGCGUGGAGAAGGUCUCUUCCUGUCUGACAUACUAAACAAUGCCCGUCAGACCGUCCUCAAGCGCAUGGAUUAUUCACCAACGACCCGGAUUUCCAAAACCGACUCAAUCGAUGGGGUUGCCGAUCAGCUGGGUACCACUUGUCUAGUUAUUGAGAUGCUUCGAAAGAGUCGUCAAAAGCCAAUCUAUUUGGAGUCUUUCCUGGGCUAUUCGGUCGUCUCCGAUACGAAUGCUGAUAGUACGCCCAAUAAUGACAAUUCUGACUUGUCUGGUUUGGGAUUGCAGUACUGUCAUGCCCGUCUUUGCAGCCUUGAAGAACGCGCCUUGAAAGCCGGUUUGGUUCACUCUUCACGAUCCCUCACAAGUUCUGGAACUGAAUCGGAUCUCUUACAUCGUCUGAACAAUCUACCCGAACCGCCAAAUGAAACCACGCUGAAUGACCCUUUGUUUGUCCUCCUACUCAAUCACUUAUCGAACUUUCCAGACGAAUUUCACUCUGCCUAUUCCAACUAUGAAGCAUCCGUUAUCGUGAGCUACGCCAAUAGACUUACGUCUCACAUUAAUGCCGCGUGGAAAGGUCUCCCCGUCCUCAUCUGCACACGCGAGUCUGACAGACUGCUUCGCAUGGCAAUUUUCAUCGCUGCGAGAAACAUCCUAGCGACCUGUCUGCGGCUACUUGGCAUUCGACCUCUCCGCGCCAUUUGAAUUCACUCGUGCGGCCGACCACAUCGUCCGAUCCUUUGUGUAUUGUUAGCCGUUUUUUCCAAUUUUCAGAUACAUACUUUUUGACGAUGAGAUCGUUUCUGAUUUUCGGUUGAGCUCGA